GUGCAGACAUUUCUCACAAUCAGUAGGUAGCUCAAGAUUUAUUUUUUAUGACGAAUUAGGUAAUUUUUAUGAUGAUCUUGCAAUUCUGUAUGCAAUAAUUGUAGCAGCUGCGAAAUACUAACGUACCUCUGCGUGUUAGAAAUUAAUGCAAACGAAAAAAAAAUUGCAAUUUAAUUUUUGUAUUUACCACAAUUUUUAAUGCAACAUGUCAAAUGAUAGUACAAUUGAAUGGAAAGAUAAAAAAGAAUAUGAAUAUAAUAACGUGGUUACUGUCCCGGUAAAUAGCUAAAUUUUGAGAGGACCGGAACUGUAUUAAAAUCCCCUGCUCAUUUUGGACGCAGCUCACUUUUCGCAUUGCACAUGCAAGUUGCUGUACUGUGUACUCGAUGCUGCCUGCAAUAGUGAUUUUGUUUCUUGUCUCCUUUGCACCGUUAGGGGAGACUAAAACAACUGCAGAAUGGAUUACGCUUGUCGCGGAAUCUAUCAAGGAGUGCAUCAAGGAAUUAAAGUUGGAAAAUGAGUUUGGCUCCACAUUUUCGUUUGACAAAGUUCUGAACAUGACAAAGCCAGAGGAAUUCUCAGCUAAUUUAAAGUGCCUGAUUAAAUGCGGAGCAGAGAAAUUAAACGGACAGGUGUUCUCCAAGGUGGAUGCUUUCAUUGAAAAGGACAUUGAAAUAACACAGGCUAUUAUGAAAGCAGAAAAUGUGUCGCUCAAGAAAAUUGUCUCUUAUUUGAAAGAAAGCAAGUCUUGCAAUGAGGAGUUGAGGAACAGUGGAAAAAGUGACUGCGAGACUUACAUCAUCUACUAUCUUUGCACAAAAAAGGUCUACGAUGCAGUCCUAAAAAUGAAUUGAAAGGAAUUUUUUAAAUUAUUAAUGAAUCAAUAAAAAAAAUUGCUUAC